CCCCUUCCCUCCUUCCCCCCUUCCCCCCUUCCCUCCCUUCCCCCCGUCCCCGCUGCUCCCCGCACCUUUGUGGCACGUCCUGGAUCUGGAGGAGGAGCGGGAGGAAAAAAAAAGGGUCCUGGCGGGGCAACGUCGCCGCUGUCAAACGUCUUUGCUCGUUUCUAUUUCGCCUCCAAUAAAUCCAAACGCAUCAACGUCGCUUGUUCCCUGAGUGCACGCUAGGUGGCAGUACGCUGCCGCGGGUGGCCCCGAGACUGCCGGCGAGGACACGCCGACUCGUGACUCGUGACGCUUUCGAUGCUUCAAUAAGCGAUUGUUAUUUGUCAUCGUGAUAUCCAUUGCAGAAGAUGAUUGUGUUUCCCCGAACAAAACGUGUUCGGCUCCAACGCGGUGACAAAACCAACGUCACGUUUAUUCCGAAAAUGAACAUCGUUUUUUUUACGAUGAGGUUUUAUAACAAGCGUGUUCGCAAAAUUCUAAAUCGGAAAAUGUAUUUCUGUUGUUGUUGUUGUUGUUGUUGUUGUAAUCUUUUCCCCCGACGACGUGGAGCGCCGGAGAGGCCACGCGCCGCUUUUGUGGCGUGAACAACAUCACGGCACGUGCAAAAAAAACAAACAACAAAAGUGCGCGCGUGAAGGGGGAAUAGCAGCCGAAACUCGCUUGAAAUACAUCGCGCGCGUCGGUGGAUGGGAUCGUUUCAAUCACGUGCUCCGACAAACGGGUUUUGGCGUGUGUCGUUCGUGCGAAAUCAAUCGUUGCAAUUGCUGUGCUUCAAAAUGGAGUCGGUGGAAAUGCGUAUUGCAUUGAUCCCUUUCGCGGGCACGCCCAUUCGAUGUGUAAACCACACACACACGCAAAAGCCUCGUCUUUUAUUUAAACCAAAAACAAAGUAUGAAGAAAGUGGGGGAUCCACAAAGUUGAGUGUAGCUGUUUUCUUUUGAUUUGCAGCACUUGAUUGAAUUCCUAAUCAUUUGGCAACAUCGUGCUUCGACAAACGAGCAAUGUAUGACGCGGAAAUAAUCCUAAGUAACACUUUUCAUCAUUUGUCAUAGGAUCGCUUCUUUGUUUUCUUCAGGUUCCAUCGCGACUUUUGUCGCUCGCCUCGACCUUUCACCUUUAAACGCCCCAACCGUAAGGGAAGGCCUUUCGGCUUGUCUUCCCAACUGCUCUUCAAUUAUAUUCAAUAAUUCGUCACAUUGUGGGGGGGAAAAAUAUUACGUCGCAUGUACGUGAAAUUGGAAUCCGUUUUGAUAUCAAAUUCCAAUUGUACGUGAAUUAUUUGACAUCAUGAUAUCAAUUGCAGGCUGUGUUUGAAAUACAAAAUUGGAAUUUUUGGGGGAACUCCAAUGGCCUGAAAGAUUCCUUCCGAUUGACGGAACUCCAACAUGUUGCUUGAAGCGAAAGAGGAUUUCAUGGCGCGCAAAGGAUUUUGGAUUUACGACGGCGCGCGUGCUUCGGCCCGUAUUUGGACUUCCGACUGCGGACCGCCGAGGUGUCUUGCGUUCACGCCGAUAUCGGCACGGCUCCAAAUGAUGGCCAAUCGGGGGAUAGCCGGACGUGACGUCAACGGAACCGGCGAAGUGGCCUUUACAACCGACCCCCCCCAAACAAAUGCGGGGGCUGCAUUUCGCUUUCAAUUCAAGCGUUGGGAGGCUCCGCCGUCACUCACUUGAGCCCACCUCGUGCGUGCGUGCGCGUGCGCGUGAGGGGGAGGGGGCGCACCGAACCACACCUCACCCCACCUUUGCACCUUCUCCACAACUCGGCUGGCGUCGUCUUUCGGGAUCGGCUCCCUUAAAAUGGACUUCCGCGUCCUGCCGCCGACACACCUGAGCUCCGGUCCGCUUGUGCGCCAGGUGUCGCCUCUGUGAGCGCUUUUGCCGCGUCCGGCGCAAGGGGCGCAAGGGGCGCAAAGGGCGCAAGGGGCGCCGGGGGCAUGCCCCACACCAAGUAGGAGAAAGGGAGGAAGGCGACAAGCAGGGAGCCGCGCGUGAUGUUCGAUCAGGCCGCGACGGGCGACGCGAGCGGCCGGCGGCCGCCGGAGGCCAAGCGCCGCUCGCCGGCGCGGAGCUCCUCCGACACGCCCGGGACGUCGUCGUCCUCCAGCGAGGACGGCCACGACAAACUUUUGGCGGCGGACCCCGACUACUGCCGCAGGAUCCUGGUGAGGGACGCCAAAGGCGCCAUCCGGGAGAUCGUGCUGCCCAAGGGCCUGGACCUGGACCGGCCCAAGCGCACCCGGACCUCGUUCUCGGCGGAGCAGCUGUACCGGCUGGAGGUGGAGUUCCAGCGGUGCCAGUACGUGGUCGGCCGCGAGCGCACCGAGCUGGCCCGCCAGCUCGACCUGUCGGAGACGCAGGUGAAGGUGUGGUUCCAAAACCGUCGGACGAAACAGAAGAAGGACACCAGCAAGGAUUCGGACAAGCGCACGUCGUCUUCCUCUGAGUCUUUAGCCACCUGCAACAUCCUCCGUCUCCUGGAGCAGGGACGCCUCCUGUCGGGCCCGGGGCCGCCCACCCCGAGCCCCCUCCUGGCUCCUCAGCGGCACCCCGCCAACGGAUCUCUGCUGAGCGGCUCCUGCGGCGGCAGCACUCCCCCCGGCUCCCUCCCGGGAGCGACGUUUGGGCUGCCCCUGCCCACGCCGGGCGGCGCCGCGGUUUCCCCCCGGCCGGGCGUGCCGCCGGCGCACUCCCUGUGCUUCUCCGUGCCUCUGCUGGGCGGCGCGCAUCACGAGCUGACCUCCCCCUAUGGCUGCGGCUCUUCGGCCUUUGAGCCGUAUAUGAGAAUGGACCGGAAGGAGGCCGACAUUGGCGGGAAGAAAACGGUUUCUUAAAAUGACUUCUGGGACCCGAGCGGUAUCAUGUGGCUCAUGUAAUAGACUCUCCCUGCUGUUUUGAUAUGCUUUUGUCCAGUGUGUGUGUCUGUGUGUGUGUGUGUGUGUGUGUGUGUGAGGUGAGUGUCUGAAUGAGAGCCAGCACAGCAUCAAGUGGUUUUCGUGCUGUGAAAUUCGAGGAGAAACGCAGAGGCUGUGUUCGAAAUCAUUCGCUAUUCGCUCUAGUGUGUUUGCAAUUUAGUUUUUGUUCAAAUCUGCUGUUAUCCCCACACGUUUUCCGCAAGUGCCACCUAAAAUAAUACUUUGCUCUCCAAGUAUCACCAGCCUGACCCCCAUUAAAAGACAGCAGCUUAGGCCUGAGUGUUCAUCAAAAACAAAAACGUUUUAAUACUUGAAAGUGUACUUUAAUCCCCCGCUUUAUCACAGUCCACUUAUUGCGGAUUCGGUGCAUUGCGGAUUUCUUUUUAUAGGACAGUGUAGUGCAGUUACUCACCUGCACAUCUCUGAUACAGUUCACUUUAUUGGCAAUAUGAUUUGAAUGUCGAAGUCAUGACUCACUUGAGGUCAAGUGGGCUCUUCUUCUUAACAGAGAAAGAAAGCCUCUUGAGGAACUUCAACUCAUACAUUUGGGAAGUUACCAAACUGCUUCAGGAUACAGCGAACGAAGCGUUUUCAAAUCAAUUCCCCGAUGCCGACCUUAGCCUGACGAAUAGCUCAUGCGCGCAAUAUUGACAGGAACAAACGCACGUAAAAGAGCAAUGUUUGGCUUGAUUUCCUACAGCUACCGUACUAUCGUGAAAAACAUAUCACGCAUGUUUUGGGGAUGUGGGAGGAAACCGGGAAAAGCCACGCCGGCACGGGGGGGGGGGACAUACAAACGCCACACAGGCGAGGCUGGGUUUGGACCCGGGACCUUAAAAUGUGAGGCGGAUGUGCUGACCACUCAGACCACCGUGCCGUCCCCAUAUAAGUUCUUUUUUUUAGUGAUCGGGAACUAGGAAAUGCGUGGAUGAUUCCGAACACAGCCUGUGCUGGAAAAAAAGUGUAGCAUUUAAACAUGUUAUUUCAAUAUGUUUGUGGUUCUUGAUUCGCUUGUGUUUGUGAGUGAAAUAAUACUGUGGUAGCUCUAGUUCUGAUAGUUUUGUUAAAAAGAUGCCAGAAGUUGCUUUGGA